GAAGAUGCAGGACAUCGUCCAAAACACUCCUGUGAUUCUGGAUCCAAACACUGCAGAUCCACGUCUCGUCCUGUCUGAUGAUCUGACCAGUGUGAGAUACAGCGAGAACAAACAACCUCUUCCUGAUAAUCCAGAGAGAUUUAGCUGUUAUCCUUGUGUUCUGGGUUCAGAGGGUUUUAACUCAGGAACACACUGCUGGGAUGUGGAGGUUAAAGAGAGUUCAGUCUGGAUUCUUGGAGUAACUACAGCAUCAAACCAGAGGAAGGGAUGGGAUUUCUUUAACACUGAUGUCUGGAGUGUGCAGCACAGAUAUUCUGAUCAGUUUGGUUUUCGUGUUAAACAGGAUCUUGAGCGUGUGAGAGUGUAUCUGGACUAUGACAGAGGAACAGUGUCAUUCUCUGAUCCUGUAACUAACACACAUCUACACACAUUCACAACCACCUUCACUCACACACUCUUUCCUUUCUUCUGGUGUGUUGACUCUCUGAGGAUCUUAUCGUUCAAUAGUCAGUAAAUGUUACUCCUGUAGUUCUGGAUCCACCUGCUUUCAUCUUUUACACUCAUCAUGUGUCCAAUAUUCAGUCCAUAUCACAAUUUCAUUAUUUAAUCAACUUGAGACUAAACCAAUAAUUGUUUAUUUCAGUUAUAGAGGUUAAAUGAUAAAUUUAAUCAUUGAUGUAAAUCAGAGCCUGUGGAUACAUGUUUUCUUACUGAGCUGUU